AACACAGACAGAGGCAGAGUCGGAGACAAAGAGUGUCAGACAGAAAUACAGGAAAAAAGCACAGCAUGUGAAGUUUUGGUAGAUAUAAUUCACUCUGCAGCGGACACCCCACGUCGACAUUUUCCUCUGAAGCAAAGAAAUGAGUAUCUUUCAAAUUCCACCUUUCGACCUUACCACAGAAUUACAAGUCCCAGUCCCCCCAACAGGAACACAUCCUAUAAUACGACAUAUUCUUAACAACAACCUCAAGAAGCUCAAAACAUUACUCAAGGACAACAGCAUUGAUGGUUUUUACCCAUGCAGAGAGUGGAAUGACUACAUAACACCACUAAUUGCUGCUGUUGUAAAUCACAACAGAGAUAUUUUUACUUUCCUUUUGCAACAAGGUGCAGACCCAAACAAGGCUUCCCAAAAUAACUUAACACCUUUGCAUUAUGUCUCAAUAUCCAAAGCACCACUCUUUUUUGUGGAGAAACUGCUUGAAGCAAAAGCUAAUCCAAAUGGAUCGAGUGCCAGACAACGAUUCACACCACUGCAAGCUGCUGCCAUCAGUGACAGGGAUGAUGUCAUGAAAGUGCUCAUAUCUGCUGGUGCACCGAUACCACUGUUGCCUGUCACUGAUCCUGAGCACAAUAUUCACAAUGAAAAAAUAUCUCAGAUGGUUCAUAACCUUGCAUCAAAUGGAAAUACGUUUUGCUCCAAGAUCAGAUAUUUUUUGGAUGUGGCAAUUGCAGUGCGAGGGAAACCGCUCGAAGAAGUGUUCAAAACUUUUCACAGUCACAUGCUGCUGGAGGAUCCCCAGAACCGUCUUGCAAUGAUUGAAGUACUCUUUAAUGUAAAUGGGCUGGAUGCAGAAAAAUACCGCCAGGCAAGUAUUAAAUGGCUGAAGGACACUGGCAACCUGAACUCUUACGUUGCAGGUGCAGUCAGUCGUUUCCCAAACAUUCCCCAGGAUUAUGUCGUUCACGCAGUUUCCAGUUUACAUGCAGUUUUCUGCACAGUGGAAGACAUACCAAAUGAGCAGGCUUUGGCUAUAAUCCCCCAUCUACUGAAACAGCUUGGCUCAAAUAAGAGACAUGAUACAUGUCAACUUGCUCUGCAAACACUAUAUGUGUUAACACAGAAGACAAAAGACACAAAUGGCUGGGAUCCCAACUUCGUUGAGAAGUUAUGCCAAACAGUUGCUCCUUUUAUAAAGGACCAGCACUCCUCUGACAUCAGAGUCUUCACAUACGGCAUAUUUGCAAACUUACUUUCAGUUAAACAUGCGGCCAACAUCUUUCCAUCAGUGGGGAUAACUUCAGUACCUGAGGACAUACUGACAUCUGCAGACAUGAAAAUGAAUGACAAGCUGAAAGAGGUGCUCAGACGACUGAAAGAUCACUUCAGCAAACCAAACUCAGAAUGUGAAGACUCUAAAGCAUCACCUGGAUCCAAGAAAAAGAAGAAAAAGAAGAAGAAAAAGAGGGGAAAGACAGAAAAGCAAGAAAAAACAAUCGAUAAAGUUUGCACUGCCACAACUGAUCAAACAGCAACUCCUGUCAUGGACUCAACUUCAAAUGUGCAGCCAUUCCACAUCAACACCACCAUGUCAUCAAUAAAACACAAAUGGCUACAAAUCAGCAAGAGGUGGAGAGUACAACUGGAAAAACUUCUGAGCACUGAUGAAAGUAAAGUCACCAGAGUUGGGAGCAUGAUUUAUGUGAACAAUGCAGAGUUCCGCAUAGCGAAGGGAAGUGAUGGCACUGAAGUUUUCUUGGGGCUGAGAGAUGACGGCACUGAAGUUGCUAUUAAGAAAAUGACUAAAUGCAACUAUCAGGAGCUGAAGAAUGAGGAAGGAUUCCUGCGACUUCCAGAGCUGGAUCAUCCAUCUAUUGUGCGAUAUGUUGACAUUGCAGAGGAUGAGAACUUUGGAUAUCUUGGUCUUCAACUGUGUGAAUACACCCUGGAAGAAUGCAUAAAAAAUAAAUAUGAUUGGCUGCUGAGGAAGAGUCUUGUGUAUCAGUUCCUUGACAGUUUAAAGGUGCUUCAUUGUCAAAGUCCUCCAAUUCUCCACCGGGAUCUCAAACCACAGAAUGUUUUGAUCGAUGUUAAUGGGAGGGCAAGAUUAGCUGAUUUUGGCAUAAGCAGACGUUUAGCCAAAGGACAAACAACUUAUCGCACAGGCAGUGCAGGAACAAGAUGCUGGAUGGCCAAGGAAACUUUGGCAGAUGAUAGCGACAUACCUUACAAGUCGAACACUGAUAUACAGGUGGCAGGGAUGCUCACUUAUUAUAUCCUCUCUGGAGGACACCAUCCUUUCGGUGACAAAUCUCAUAAAUGCGAGAACAACAUUGAUGAGGGGAGGUACAGUUUGGACCAUGUUCAAGAUGUGGUAGCAAAAGAUCUCAUUGAGGGGAUGAUCCAUGAAGAACCAAAGAACAGACCUAAAGUGGAGGAAUGCUUGAGUCAUCCAUUCUUCUGGACCUCUGAAAGGAAAGUUGAAUACUUGAUAAAGAGUGGAAACAGGAAGGAGGUUGAAAACUGUCGAAAUGCUGACCAGGAACUGAUCUCUUCACUGGAAAAAUGUGCUGAGGAUGGAUCCUUCAAACAGUGGAAAGAUCAGUUUCCACCACAGUUGGUCCAGAAGAUGGAUGGCAAGAAGAAACCCUAUCCUGCAAACACACUGGGAUUACUGCGCUUCAUACGAAACCUCCAUGAGCACUAUCAGGAGGAUGCAGCCCAAGUUGAUGUGAUGAAGAUGUUUCCUGAUCUCUUUGGAUGUGUUUACAAGUUUGCCAAGACCCGAGGGUGGAAUUCAGAGACACCCUUAAAGCAACUGUUUCAAAGAGAAGACAUCACCAACAGCUUCACAAAGCUGUCCAUAAGUCCUGAGGAACAUCUGACUGUCCCAGUUCAAGAGUCUCUCCCCAGUGACUUGAAAGUUGAUAAGGACACAAGUUGAAAUCAAAAAAGAUCAAGGACUUCAAAGUCCUUUUUGACAGUUAUAGUGUAUCGCCCAUAUGUCAAGGUUUUAGCAGCACAGGGCAACAAGACAGCACAAAAAACAAGUGCCAUGGGUCUUUUUCACACCUGACAUUAUCAGACUCAUAAAAGGAAACGCACAGUUGUAACAAAUAACAUUAACAAAGGCUACCUUCUAUUGAAGUGUCCCAGUAAGCCACGACAAUGUGACCAACACCAGGACCCUGAAACUGAAGCAGCUGAAUGGAACUCAGCCAUCAUUCAUUUUAUGAUUUACACCUGUGCUUUUUCUUCUGUGACGUGUCAAAAUGUCUUCUGUGAAAUAAGCCUGUAAGGUUUUACAUAUCUAUCGUACAUAGUAACUAUUUUCCAAAGGUUAUAAGAUACUGUGCAGUUGUUUAGUUUUAAGGGAUUUUCUUUUUACUUUUGACUUAUUUUGAGAAAUUGUUCUUGACCAUUAAUAUUAUUAUUAAUGUUAUUAUGUUUGACUAUUUUGUUUAGAUUUUACUGCUGAUAUAUUUUACCACUAUAGUUAUGUUUAACAUUUUACAAUUUAAUGUUCUUUUAUUCUUGCAUAUUUCUGUCAUAUUGCUACAUUAUUGAUCUCUUUCACAAAUAACUGCUGGGACAGAUAGUGUUUUGUGUCAUUUUAGUUUCUUGAGAUGUUCUUGACUGUCCCAUUGGCCUUGUCUCAUUACCUUUGUGUCAUGGCCUCUUAGAAGUACCAUUGUUUCAGAAAGAUUGUAAAAGGAACAUUGAAUGUUGAAUGACAAGCUAAAAAAUGUGUGUAAAACAAGGGCUGCAAUUCCACUCCCUGUUUAUCAAACAAAUCUGAACAGAUCUUUGCACUGACUUCAAUUAAAGAUGCAAAAUGGUAAUGGAAUAUACAAGCUUGACAACAUGCAGAUUCUUGUGUAUGAUUUUGCUUUGAGCAUACUGAAUGUUACUCUCAAAAUAUACUGUAAAUCUAAUCAUAAGUAUCAAAAUAAAUGUGUAAAGGUAUGAUUG